GUGUAUUCAAAUAUCAUCUGUUUAAAUACGAAAAAUAAUGUGGUAAACUAAAAAAUCGGAAUUAAAGUAACUGUGAUAUUUGAUCAAGUGAUAAAAUCUCAAAACGUUUAAAAUGAAGUUUGAUGAAAUACUGGUAUUACUAGGGGAGUUUGGCCCCUAUCAAAAGAGGAUUUAUUUCCUGGUUGGUCUUCCAGCCAUUAAUGCAGGGAUUUUCAUGAUGAUAAACGUGUUUCUGCUAGGAAACCCAGACCACAGAUGCGCAAUUCCCGGAUGUGACAAUGACACGUACGCCGUACAGAGCAAUCUACACGCAAUACUUAUCAAUAGAACCAUCCCGCCACCGGACGACGAUAAUUUUAAAUACGACGAAUGUCAUUUAUUUCCACCAAACGCUAGUUACUAUGACAACUACAGUCGACCAACCAACGCAUCUAAAUACAAGUGUGAUAAGUGGGUGUAUGAUGAAUCAGUCUUCCAUGAAAAUGUUGUGACUGAGAUGUCCGUGGUCUGUGACAAAGAAAUUUUACAGUCCAUAGCAAAAAUGACUUUCUUCAUCGGUGUGCUGUUUGGAGAUUUAACCUUUGGGGUGGUUGCUGACAGGUACGGCAGAAAGAAAUCGUUCUAUUUAUCAAUACUCCUUCUUCUUGUCUCAACAAUUGUAUUAUACUGGGUACAGAACUUCGUGGAAUAUUCAGUUGUGAGGUUCUUCAUUGGAGCAGGAUGUGCAGGGAUUUUCCUCGUUGGCUUCGUCAUAGCAAUGGAAAUGGUUGGUCCAUCGAAACGGCUUUGGGCGGGAACCUUUUGGCAAGUGUGGUUUGAGAUAGGCCUUAUUAUCUUGUCAGGAGUGGCGUACCUCGUACGGGACUGGAGAAAACUUCAAAUUAUUAUGGCCAUUCCAACAGUGAUUUAUCUCCCUUACUAUUGGUUAAUACCAGAAUCAUCCCGUUGGCUUUUAUCCCAAGGGAGACCGGCGGAAGCUGAGGCAGUUUUGCGUAAAGCCGCCAGAGUGAACAAGGUUACACUACCAGACGAUUUUCUUGACCAAUGUGAGCCCGACAAUGACACGGGAAAAGUUUGGCACUUAUUCCGGUCAAGGAAAUUAGCUAUAAGAACUUCAGUUAUAUUUUAUAACUGGCUUGCGAUAGCAACAGUAUAUUACGGACUUUCUCUAAAUACGGGUAACCUCGGUGGAGACUUUUAUCUCAACUUUCUACUGCAAGGAGUGUCUGAAUUUCCAGCCUAUGUGAUUUGUUUACUCUUAUUUGACAGACUUGGUAGAAAAAAACUUCUAAUAGGCUUUUUCUUUUUGGGUGGAUUAUCGUGUAUAGCGACGCUUUUUACCAGAAUAUACGGAGGUGAAAAGUUGGAAGCUGCCACGAUCACACUUGCAAUGGUCGGGAAAAUGUGCGUGUCUGGUACCUUCACUGUUAUAUACGUAUUCUCCGCGGAACUGUAUCCUACUGUAGUCAGAAACUCGGGAGUGGGAACCAGCUCGUGCUUUUCCAGGUUUGGUGUGAUAUCUGCCCCGUACAUAGCAGGACUUAAUACCGUAGUGAAUGGUGAUUUAGGGCGUGCUCUACCAUUGGUUAUAUUUGGGUCAUUUAGCGUUUCAGCGGGCCUCCUAUCUUUACAUCUUCCCGAGACAGCACACGCCCGACUGCCAGAAACCAUAGACGAUGCGGAAAACUUUCCUAUGUAUAGGUACUGAACAAUUACUUUGGAC